CUUCGACCGCGAAGGUCGUCUGAACGCGACGAGAUAGAUGCGCGAUGUGAACAUUCGUCAUUUGCCAUCAAUCGCGAUAUUUUAAUUCAAUCUCAUGGAUCGCUCGCUGAAAGACAACGAGAUACCAUCGAGCUCAAUCUUGCAAGCGAAUAGACGGCUUUUGGAGCUGGACCUCGAUUAUUUAGAAAGAAGAGGCGGAAAUACAAUAACUUACGAAGGCGCCGAAAGCAGCUCGAAAGAGGAGGAUAGUCCCGCGGACACAUUAGAUCGCGUUAAAGUUGUCUUCCUGGGGGCACCCGGCGUGGGAAAAACAAGUAUAAUCCGACAAUUUGUCUGGAGCGAGUUCUCGGAGGAAUACACGCCGACCGAGCGACGGGAGACAUUUUAUCCGAGUGUGGUGCUCGCUGAUCGAUUAUAUGAAUUGAAGAUCACCGAUCUGCCGACUAUUCCGUACUUCCCAGUUAGCUCGCAUUUGGAAUGGACCGACUUCCGCUAUUACGGAUUGCGGAGCGCGACAGCGUACGUGCUCGUGUUUGAUCUCAGUAAUCAGGACACGUUUCAGUAUAUCAGGACGUUACGCGAACAAAUCUACGAGGCGCGCGAUAUGAGAGGAGUACCGCUACUAGUGGUUGGAAAUAAGCAGGACGAACUGUCACAGACCGUCGCUUCCGGGACCAGAUACAGAGACAUUGUGAAUCUCGUCCGGAAGCACUGGAGAUGUGGAUACGUCGAGUGCAGUGCCAGAUUUAACUGUCGCGUUGUACAGGUAUUUCGAGAACUGAUGAAGAGUAUUCAGGCGAUAGAAGGUAGGCCAAACUCGCCAUCCCCCGCGGCUUCGCAACCGAUGCGAUCUUACCCACACGACACCGGCGAGAAGUGCAUUCUUCUCUGACAUUGAGAUUAAAUCAUAUUCCCUGCGAGGUCAUACGAGAAUAUCACGCGAUCGCGCACGAAAAUGCGCUUUUCGAUAGAUGUACAAUACCCGAUAAGAUUCAUCGUCGAUUUAGCGUGUAUUAUUGGAUCUCAAGCAAUGAAGACUUGCUCAAUAAAGAGCACAUCGAUCGACGAAAAUCGAAAGCAAUAGACGUCAUACAGACGGUUCUUCUAAAGCUGCAGAGUCGAACGCGCGCAAAUGUAUGAGCGAGAAGACGUGACUUCGGAAUAAGCGACAAUAAUAAUUGAAAUUUCGAAAAUAUUAAUAAUCGAGAAAACGUCAACGGUAAAUUCGUUGUAAAUUUCAAUCGAAUGUAUAAAAGAUUUUCUAAUAUAACAAAUCAUUCACUAAGAUUUCUAGAUUCUAAUGGAAAGAAUUCAUUUCUUUACAGUAUUAUAUUUUUUGUAUUCACAUUCAUGUGUAUGUCGAAAGAUUAUAUUUCCUUAUAUAAAUCACAAAUUAUGACGCGCACAUCGUGUGAUGUUUAAUGAAUCAAAAUUAUAUAUCGAUUUUUCUCCGAAAAAGAUGAAAUCGUGCCAAUAGGAACAUUCGGCAAUAAUGGACAAAUGAUGAAGAAUGCUUCCCGAAGAUGGCUUUCCAAACGCGAAGAAAAAGUAACAAGAUUAUGAUAAUAAAUAAGACGAGAAAAUAGCAAAAUGCAGCAUCGAGUUUCCAGCUCAAUUUUAUUCUGCAUUCUCAUGCUGCAUUCGGCCUAAAUAAUAUGACGUUAUAAAAAGAUAUUCGCGAAAAGGACGAAGCAAUAUAGUACAUAUAUAUAUACAUACAUACAUAUAUUUUAUUAUACUCUGUUAAAAGUUAAUCGAUUAUUAAUUUAAUGUUGAAUAUAUAGUUAGUCAUUC